UGAAAAAAAAAAAAAAAAAAAAAUUUAAUUCAAAAAAAAAUCGAAAAAGAAAAAUCGACAAUUUUCAAUUAGGGUUUCAAAUCGAACAAUCGUAGAUUCGAAACCCCUAAUUUGAUGCUGCGUAGGUUUGAUCUUCGCGAUUCGAUGGAGGAUAUGUCGGUGUCUCGUGUUCUCGGAUUGAGAUCUUGAAAUUUGGGUACUAAUGCGUAUGAUGGGAUAUGCAAAUUGGGGGUUUUGGGUUGGGGUGUUUGGAUUGAGGGAUUGUUGAUGGAAAAUAGCGCGGGAAAGUCUGGUGGUGCUGAAAUUUCUAGAAAAACUAGAUCUUUGGAUAUUCAGAGUCUGUACAAAGCUAGUGUUUCAAAAAAAGAAGGGAAUAAUAAGAGGAAGAGUGUUGUAGUGGAUGAUGGGGAGGUUAGGAAGAAGAAGAGGAAGAGUAGGAAAGAGGUGUCGCUGAGUAGUUUUGAGCAGGCAGACAAGAAAAGUAGGAACAGUUUAGAUGAAGUCUACGGUGAUGGAGUGAGUUCAGAUUCGCGCUAUUCUGAGAAGUUGCACUUGGGGUUGAGUCGGAAAUUGGAUAGCAGUGGUGGGUUCAACAGCAUUUCUCUUAAUUUGGAUGGAAAUGGUAGUGUUAUUCGAAUCCCGAAGCGCCGCCGAGAUUUCGUGGGUCGCAAGAAAUGUGAAAAAAAUAAAGUUUCGAGGUCAUUGGCGACGUCUUCUAGUAGAGUCGGUGGUUCUGUUGAUCAGAUUGUAAAGUUGAAUGAUGAGUGCAAGAAAUUUGAGGGCAAUCAAGUUUCGAAUAAGUUGGGGCCUACUGGUGGUAAAGCUAGUUCGGCUGGUCAGACUGUCAAGUUAAAUGAUGAUUCUGCAGGUAAAGUAGUUUCUCCAAAUCCAAAGGUUAAGGAGAAGACAGGAUUUGAUGAUUCGAAGGAAAAUAGGACUAGUAGGGUGAAUUCAGCUCGGCAUGCCAAAGAAGAAGAUGGUCAUUUGAUUGUAAAUAACGGGGAUGUAUCUUCUAAAAGGCGUCGAAGCAAUCACAGGAAAAGGAACGAGUUAUCAUCAGGCAGUGAAAGCCUUGGAAAGAAGGUUGAGCCUCUGGCUGAUAAUUCCCCAGAUGAGGAUGAGGAGAACCUUGAACAGAAUGCAGCGAGGAUGCUCUCGUCUCGUUUUGAUCCCAGGUGUACUGGUUUUUCUUCAAAAAGCAGAUCUACUGCAUCAUCAAAUACAAAUGAGUUGUCUUUCCUUGUCCCCUCCGCUCAGGAUUUUGUUGGUGGAACGGAAAGUUUGUCAGCUGUCUUGGAGUCCACAUCUGUAGAUACUGCUAGCCGAAUAUUGCGACCAAGGAGCCAACACAAAGAGAAGGGCUUGUUGAGGAAACGGCGCCAUUUCUAUGAGGUUCUUUCCAGGGACUUGGAUGCAAAAUGGGUGUUGAACAGGAAGAUCAAGGUUUUUUGGCCAUUGGAUGAGAGUUGGUAUUUUGGUCUUGUGAAUGAUUAUGAUCCCAAAACAAAGCUUCAUCAUAUUAAGUACGAUGAUCGAGAUGAAGAAUGGGUUAAUCUUGAAAAUGAGAGAUUCAAACUCUUGCUUCUCCCUAGUGAAGUUCCUCGUAAGAUAGAGGCAAAAACUGCACCUACAGGAAAUAAACAUGAUGACAAGGGAAAACGAGAGUUGACUAGUGAUGAUGAUAGCUUUGUAGGCAGCUAUAUGGAUUCAGAGCCCAUCAUUUCAUGGUUGGUUCGUUCUUCUCAUCGGGUCAAAUCUUCUCCUCUUGAUGUUUCAAAAAGACAAAAAACUUCCCUUUUGUCUACCAAGACUGAUGGUGAACAUGAGUGUUUGGACAUGGGUUCGUCAGAAAGGGAUAUGAAUAAGCCAUCUAGUAAUUCUGCCUUGCGAGAUGGCUUCACUGGUACCAGAAGAGGUAAGAAGCUUGUAUUGGAAGGUUCUUGCUGUGCCAAAGAUAGCAAAUCACCUGUUGUUUAUUUCAGGAGGCGCUUUCACAAGAAAGACAAAGGAUUGUGUAAUGAACUUGAGGACAAUAAUGCAUGGGGAAGCACCCCCGUGUCUGUUACUUCCCUUGUCCCUGUUGGUCACAACUUCCAUGCUUCUAAAGCUGAUGAGAUUUCUCUUGGACACAUGGAUUCUGAGGGCCUAUUGUGGUCAGUUGAUAAUUCAGGCUUGUUAAAAUUGACUGUUCCCUUGGUUAAUUAUAAACAAUUCAGGUUUGAGUUAGGCUGUCCAUUGCCUGUCCUACGGUACAUAUAUUUAGCAGAAAACUCUUGGUUGAUCCGUGUUGUGUUGCUGCUUCACUACGGUACUCUUAUGACUACAUGGCCUAAGGUUCACCUGGAGAUGCUUUUUGUCGAUAAUAUUGUUGGAUUGAGGUUUUUAUUGUUUGAAGGUUGCUUGAAGCAGGCUGUGGCCUUUGUUUUCCUGGUACUGACAGUAUUUUAUCAACCUAAUAAUGUACAUGGGAAGUAUGUUGAUAUGGAAAUGCCAGUAACUUCAAUCAGGUUUAAACUUUCUUGUAUUGAAGAUCUUAGAAAGCAGCUUGUGUUUGCAUUCUAUAGCUUCUCUAAAGUGAAAUACUCGAAGUGGUUGUACCUAGAUUGCAAGCUCCAGCAACAUUGUUUACUCACCAAGCAGCUACCUUUGUCUGAGUGCACAUAUGAUAACAUUAAGGCACUGGAAGGUGGUAGGAAUCAGUUACGCCUAAGCUCAAGUAACGGGGAGCUCUCUGCAUUUGAGGGUUUAAGGAAGAAGUCCAUGCAUGGUAUUUUGCCCAUUGGUGCUUCCAGAGAGUCCUGCGUUGUAGCUAUGAACCAGUCUUCUUGUAACUCUGAUGCAAAGCAUGGAAUUUUUUUUCCAUUCUCUCUUUCUUUUACUGCUGCACCUAGUUUCUUUCUUAGCCUCCAUCUCAAGCUGCUUAUGGAAAAUAGUGUUGCUUGCAUCAGUCAUGAUUUGAUGUAUUCACUUGAGCAUUCAGAAAACACAGGCCAACCAAUUGCUGAUAGCUGCACUGUAAUUCAGGAUUGCUCUGAGAGUGCUUUGGAAAUCACUCCCGAGGGUAAUCCAGCUACUUCUAUGAGGGAAGCUGAAUCCUCUGAAUGGUUGCCUUGUGCCAAAUCACAGUUAGGGCCUGACACUAUUUCAGAAUGCAAUGAUCUGGCUUGGAAUAUGAGUGAUGGUAUUGUCCGCAGCCCCAACCCCAGUGGUUCUAGAAGUGUAUGGCAUCAUAACAACAAUAGCUCAAAUUGUUCAUUUGGAGAUACCUCCCACUUAUGGCCCAACGGAAAGGCAGACUUUAUCUCCAAUGGCUUUGGCAAUGGACCUAAGAAGCCACGAACUCAGGUUCAAUACACUUUACCUUUUGGAGGUUUCAAUUCUAGGUCAAAGCACCCAAUGCAUAGCCCGAGAGGGCUUCCCUACAAACGAAUCAGGAAAGCUAAUGAGAAGCGGACCUCAGAUGGUUCUAGAAAUUCUCAUAGAAACUUUGAGUUGUUGGCUUGUGAUGCAAAUGUAUUGAUUACAAUUGGGGAUAGAGGGUGGAGAGAAUUUGGGGCACGUGUUGUAUUAGAACUUGCAGACCACAAUGAAUGGAGACUUGCAGUAAAACUUUCUGGGACUACAAAGUAUUCAUACAAAGCACAUCAGUUUCUACAGCCUGGGUCAACAAACCGCUACACACAUGCUAUGAUGUGGAGAGGAGGAAAGGAUUGGGUCUUGGAGUUUCCUGACAGGAGCCAGUGGAUGCUUUUCAAGGAGUUGCAUGAAGAGUGCCAUAAUCGCAACAUCCGUGCUGCUUCAGUAAAGAACAUCCCUAUUCCUGGAGUUCACCUGAUAGAGGAAUGUGACGAUGGAACAGAAGUGCCAUUCAUUCGCAGCUCUCCUAAGUACUUUCGGCAGGUUGAAACUGAUGUUGACAUGGCUAUGGAUCCAUCACGUAUUUUAUAUGACAUGGACAGUGAUGAUGAACAGUGGAUUUCAGAAAAUCGGAAGUCUUCACAUGCUCAUGUGAGUAAAUGUGAAGAGAUCUCUGAAGAGUUGUUUGAGAAGACAAUGGACAUAUUUGAGAAAGUUGCAUAUGCCCAACAGCGCGAUCACUUUACAUCUGACGAAAUAGAAAAGUUUGUGGUUGGAGUUGGGCCAAUGGAAGUGAUUAAAGUGAUCCACGAGCAUUGGCGACUGAAGAAGCAGAGGAAAGGGUUGCCAUUGAUUCGACAUCUACAGCCUCCAUUGUGGGAAAGGUAUGAGCAGCAAGUGAGAGAUUGGGAGCAAACAAUGGCCAAAGCCAACACUGUCCUCACCAAUGGAAGCCACGGGAAGGCUCCACCCAUGGAGAAGCCACCAAUGUUUGCUUUCUGUUUGAAACCUCGAGGUUUGGAAGUGCCCAACAAGGGUUCAAAACAUAGGCCACAUCGGAAAUUUCUGGUUUCUGGGCACAACCAUGCCGGUCUGGUUGAUCAGGAUGGUCUUCAUGCUUUUGGGAGAAGAUCAAAUGGAUUUGCUUUUGGAGAUGAGAAGGUUAUGUUUGAGGGAAAUAAUCAUGAAUCAGAUGCUUUCCCAUUGUUUCAGACAUCUACGAAGGUAUUCUCACCAAGGGCUGCUGGUGGCUCUGCAUACUUCCCGUUGAGCAGUGAUUGGUCUGAAUGGAAUCGUCACCCAAAACUUCAUAGGAAUAAGUCAAAGAAGAGUGGGACAUUUCUAUCCCCAAAUAAUCCGCCGAUGGUGGCUUCAUACAAUCAGAGAGCAAUAGGCAAAAGAAAUGGGGUUCAUCGGUGGAAUAUGGGCUUCCCUGAGUGGCCAAGUCAGAAGCACUAUCAAUCGGAGGGCUCUCUAAGGCAUGGCGUUGAACAAUUGGAUGGUUCAGACCUUGAUGAGUUCAGGUUGCGAGACGCAUCUGGUGCAGCUCAACAUGCACUUAACAUGGCUAAGCUCAAGAGGGAAAAUGCUCAGAGAUUGCUUUACAGGGCAGACCUGGCAAUUCACAAAGCUGUGGUUGCGCUCAUGACUGCCGAGGCAAUCAAAGCUGCUUCUGAGGAUUCAAAUGGCGAUGUGUAGGAUGAUUUUAGUUGAAAUGAGAUCGAGUGAAUGACAUUUCUGCGGCCUGAGAAUUCAUAUAGGUUUUUGAGUUGACAUUGUUUUUUAGCUAGAUUGGCUCUGGUUUUUGCUUUUGUCAAUGGUGGUGGCUUUUUCAUCAUUGUCUGUAGAUUCCGAGUGAACUUCUAACAUGAUGGCUGUGAGCAGUCAAGUGGAUCGGAAACUGUUGCUUCUGCUUCUGCUUCUGCCAUUUGUGAUGAUUCUCUCCAACACAAGGCAUUGUCGUUAUCAAGGGCAGUUUUGGUACAUAACUUCAUGGUUAUUAUAUGCACUAGUUCUUUUUCCGAGCAGCAGGUUAUCUCAGUGUAAUGCGACUGAUGUUAGCACUCGUGCUGGUAAGGGGUUCUGGAAUUUUGAUUGCCGAUCAUUGUACAGCUAAAUUUUUUCUCCUUUUUUUUUCUGUUGUCAUUUCUUUUUCUCGUUUAACCUCAGUUUAAGUGUUUGAUAUUGAAGGAGCAAUUGGCCCAAAUAAUACAGUACAUCCGUGGAAUUGAAGUACAGAAAUCCUAUGUGAUUUGACUUUGGAGCAGUUGCUUUGCUUUUUUUUGUAUGACGAACAGAGUGAUCUGUCCCUAGAAAAGGAGUGGAAAAGAAAUCCCCUUAAGUAAAUUAAUCUGUAUAAGUUUUGUCAGGAUCUUUAGAGGCUUAGAUCUUGUAAGCGUAUGCAUAGAUAUAUAUGUAAAUCUAUAUUUGGGUUA